AUUUAAAUAUGAUAUGAUAAAAGCGGUAGAAUACACUUUAAGUUACUGGAAUGGAGUUGAUUUAAGAUACAGACAAUUUCAAGAACCAAAGAUUCGCCUCUAUAUUGCCGGAAUAGUAUUACUUGAGAAUGCACCACCGUUUGCGAAGCCUGCUUUAUAUACUAACGGAAUGUAUGAAGCACAGAUAAUUUUAGACGAAUUUGGUAAAUUUUUAUAUGAAGACAAUACCAUUCAACGAAUCAAGGAUUAUGAUGUAUCCAUUUAUAUGUCUGGAAGAAUAUUGUAUACGAUGAAUGAAUAUAGAGACACUACAGGUAUAGCAUAUCUUGGAAGAGCAUGCCAUGAUGAAUAUGAACAACCGGGAUAUAACAGCGGAAAAUAUGAUGGUGUUGGAAUAGUUCAAGAUCAAAAUGAUUAUAGAUACCUUUUAACUGCUGUUCACGAAUUUGGUCACAUUCUUGGUGCACCACAUGAUGGAGAGGAAUCAGACUACUAUUCUCCACAUAGUACUGUGGAUUGCCCUAAAGAAGAAAGUUACAUCAUGAGUUAUAAUAAAUAUAAUGGAAACAAGAUUUUAUUUUCUCCCUGUUCUAAAAAAGCAAUUAAAAGUGUUUUAAGUCAAGAUUCUACAAAAUGCCUUCGAAAUAAUCCCGCAAAAUAUGAAAAUAACUAUCCACUACGGAGAUUAUUACCCAGUCGUAUGUUCACUUUAAAUGAACAAUGCAAAAACAUAGGAGCCUAUAAUUGUGAUUAUGUUAAGACAACUUGUUUAGACCUAUACUGUAACCGCAAAGAUAGUCACGGAUAUUUGACGCCGUUUACAUAUAACUAUCCUCCGUUGGAAGGAUCUUAUUGUGGUCGUGGCAAGUACUGCAUAGCAGGACAUUGUGUAGACAUACUAUAAAAGAAACAAGUGAAGAUACACUGAAAAAAAUCUUGCCGAGAAAUUCAACUACCAUUGGGUAGUUGACUAGAAAGUAGUUAAAAUAACUACUUUUUUAGUUAAUCUACACGGAGAGAAAUAGAUGGUAAGAACUUAUGAUCUUAAGAAGGUAAAAAGUAGAUAUUAUCCGGUACUAUCAUUAUGCUACUCGGUACUAUCAAAGAUGUUACAAAAAGUAUGGUUAUGUUACCCACUAUAAUCAAGAUGUUACUUCGUACAAUCUGGAUAGUAACUGAUAAAAUCUAGAUUACUGUCCUUAUAUGUAAGAUCAAAUAUGGUACCUGGUACUAUCUAGAUAGUA